GUAACCAAAGUCACAUCGGUGUUGCCAAUUGCCUGAAAUCGGUUAUCUUGAAUCGAAUAGACGACGAUUUAGGUUCCAUCUCUGCAACCGACGCGGACAUUAGAAGAAACUUAGUAAAGUAAAUUAAUUAAUUAACCAGCGAAUGCAGGCAUCACACCCAACGUACAUGGAAAAUGCCGAAAAAGACUGAAUUCCACACCGCGCAAGUGCAAGUGCAAUAAACGCCGAGUUCGGCGAUCAAAGAACGCAAUAUAGAAAAAGUGAGACACACGAAAAAAAAACCAUUUCGCUGCUGUGUGUAAAUGCAAAUGGUUUAUUUUUGUGCAGCAACAACAACAACAGCAGCAACACAGAGGCAGAAGAGGCAAAAAUAACAAGUAAAGCUAAAUAUGAAUAAAUGUGUGUGUGUGCGGGUCGCGUUAAAGAAAAUUAGAUAAAAAGCCAAAUGAAAUUAGCGCACGCCUGAAUUUCGAGUUUCGGUGCGGUGCAAGGUGAACGAAAAGGCGAAAAGCAAUCAAAACUGUUUUUCCAUUUUCCCAGUGUGCGUGUGCAGUAGCAAAACCACCUGCAUUGAUUAUAUAUGUAGUUAAAAACCCAACAAAUAGCAGCGUAAAAAACGGAACUUGCACCUAGGAUAUAUACACACACAUGCUGGCUGUAUGCGAGUGUGUGUGUGCAUGGCCGUAAAGGCUGACUGAUAAAAAAGGAAACAAAAAAUAACAAGAAAAAUAAAACACACACACACACACCAACGCAGCGGGGCACCAAUACCUCGGCACAAUUUCUUGGAGGCAGCCUGCCAUCCACAAGCACAAGAAAGCCAUUGUCGAAGCCACCGAAAGGGCGACGAACCUGAACCUGGCGAGAAUUGCAGGGACCCAGAAGAAUUGUAGACACAUUCGUGCCGUCGCGAGAACCCUUCCAAUGUCCAAUAAAAUCAACCCGAAGCGCCGCGAACCGACAGCAGCAGCAGCAGGAGCCGGUGCCACGGGAGUGGCCACCAACACGAGCACCUCGACCGGAUCCUCCAGUGCCGGCAACACGUCCUCGGCCAACACAUCCUCGUCGUCCAGCUCGUCGCUGUCGUCCGCCGGUGGCGGUGAUGCGGGCAUGUCCGCCGACUUGACCUCGCUGUUCGAAUGCCCCGUGUGCUUUGACUAUGUGCUGCCCCCGAUCCUGCAGUGCUCCAGCGGGCACCUGGUGUGCGUGUCCUGUCGCUCCAAGCUCACCUGCUGCCCCACCUGCCGUGGCCCGCUGGCGAAUAUCCGCAACCUGGCGAUGGAGAAGGUUGCCUCGAACGUCAAGUUCCCGUGCAAGCACUCUGGUUACGGAUGCACCGCCUCGCUGGUCUACACGGAAAAGACAGAACACGAGGAGACGUGUGAGUGCCGGCCCUACCUGUGUCCGUGCCCGGGCGCCAGCUGCAAGUGGCAGGGCCCCCUGGACCUAGUCAUGCAGCAUCUAAUGAUGUCGCACAAGAGCAUCACAACGCUGCAGGGCGAGGACAUCGUGUUCCUGGCCACCGACAUCAACCUGCCCGGCGCCGUCGACUGGGUGAUGAUGCAGUCCUGCUUCGGCCACCAUUUCAUGCUCGUGCUGGAGAAGCAGGAGAAGUACGACGGACACCAGCAGUUUUUUGCCAUCGUUCAGCUGAUUGGGUCGCGCAAGGAAGCGGAGAACUUUGUCUACCGCCUGGAGUUGAACGGAAACCGACGCCGGCUCACCUGGGAGGCAAUGCCGCGUUCGAUCCACGAGGGCGUGGCUUCCGCGAUUCACAACUCGGACUGUCUGGUGUUCGACACGUCGAUUGCGCAACUGUUCGCCGACAAUGGCAAUCUGGGCAUCAACGUGACCAUAUCUCUGGUCUAAGCGCACUGUCAAUUCGUCGAGUUCUUUCAUUUUUUGUGUUUACUAUUCCGAUACAUAUACAUAUAUAGUUUAUAGCCCUCUGUUCGCAUCAGGCGUCUAACUCAUGAACAGAUUGUGAGUCGGGAGAUUGAGAAGAAAGAGUUUUGCAGAGUUGUUUUAUAAAAAUGAUUCUCUAAUCUAAAAACCACGUACAUGCAUAUGUAUAUAUAACUAUGGAAAUAUCGGGGUGCUUCGAUUAUCACAUUCGGCUAUCGCAAAGUUAUCUCUUUAAUUUUUAAAUCGGCCAAAACGAUUGUACUAAAGUUUUGUGUUCGCACACUUAUGACAAAUUGUUUGGACUUAAAACUGGAUAAGACACUUACAAUUUUCCAAAACGAAAUGGAAAGCGUAUUAAAGCUAUUGCUAAGUGCUGUUAAGUGUUUAUUGUACAAGUUCAUUAAACCUGUAAAACCGCGUUUGAAAUUCGUAACUUCAUUUUUUUUUUUUGUACAUGGCUGUGUGUAAAUCAACGGAGUUGCGGAAAAUUUUCCAAUACUCUUGGCGAAAUUUUGCGGAUUUAAUUAACACAGUUCAUUGACGAAUGCGAAAAUCGUGGCUGACCUGUAUGUUUGUAUGUCUAAUCGGUUCGAUUGGUACUCUAGUUCUAGGACAUGAUUUUUCAGUUACCGCACACACUACUAUAUUUCAACGUUUCAGUGUUACCCGUUUUGUUAGUUCAUGGGGUUCUGCUUUAGUUUAAUUUAGUUCGUAAGGGCCACACACCUGGAGCAGAGCUGCCUGCGCGUGCCCACGUGCCCACCACCCACUACAGUGAACACUAGGAACACAGACCCACUCACCAAAACGAACAGAACAGCAAGAAGGGCGAGGAGGUCACUCAUCACUCGAACAUGUACUGCAAAGUCUAGUUUAGUUAAUGUAAAUUAUUUUAUACAAUACUUGUAAAUGGUAAUAAGUAAAACGAACAGUUUAACGAAAUUAACAAACCUAAUAACAAUAACAAUAGCGGCAAAAGCGAAACCACAAAGAAAAGUAAUAUUUGAUAGCGAUAAUCUGUAAUAACUCGAGAGUUGUUUGAAAGUUGCAGCCUAAAUGAAACUGCGACUCGCAAUUUUGUUCAUGCCAAACCAUCACAAAAAAAAAAACAAAAAAAAAAAAAGAAAACAAUUUUUUUUCGCAGUGCUAAAAAGACAGUUGCCCCUUCCCAUUUUCCCCCCCAUCCCCAAAACGUAAAAAGCAAUGUUAAUGUUUAAAUUUCUACCUAGUU